AUGAUGAGGGCAUUGGAGGAGAAGAUGUGCCAGGAGGCCAUAGAGGCGCCGAAAGUGGCCAUGGAAGCUCGAAUAAGUGCGCUUGAAGGACAGCUUGGAGAAACAAGGAGGGAGCUUGAGGAGACAAGGAAGGGGCUUGAGGAGGCUGAGAGUAGGAGAGCAGUGGAGUCAAAAGAAGAGAGAUUUUGGAUGGAGGAGAAAGAACGAGAGGUGAUGAACGUGAAGGAGUUGGGAGCAGCAGUCAAGGAAGAGUUGUUAGCAGCUGUGAACGGGGAGUUGGAAUCAGUCAAAGGGGAGUUAGUGGGGGAGCUAGUAGCAGUGAAGGAAGAGUUGGUGGCAGUUAAGGGGGGAAUGAUAGCAAUCAAAGAAGAGUUGGUUGAGAUUCUCAUCGAAAGGCGUUAUCUGUCGUUAGGCGUCGUCGAUUUCGUCACUUCGAUAUUCGGAAUGAGGGGAGACAACGAUGGUGUUGGGAGUCCAUCAGAGCACCAAGCGGGAACCGACGGGCUGGUGCUGGCGAUGGAGAUGAGGCUGAGGGCGUUGGAAGGGCAGCUGGAGGAGACACGGAGGGGACUGGAGGAGGCUGAGAGGCGCAGGGCAGAGCAGACGUUGUUAGUGAGAGGGGAAACAUUAGCAGUGCGAGGGGAGCUGGUGGCGGUGAAGGGGGAACUGGUUACAACAAGGGGAGAGCUGGGGACAGUAAAGGGAGAGCUAGGGACAGUAAAGGGAGAGCUGGCGACAGUGAAGGGAGAGCUAGGGACAGUAAAGGGAGAGCUGGCGACAGUGAAGGGAGAGCUGGUGGCGGUGAAGGGGGAGCUGGUGACUGUAAGGGGAGAGCUGGGGACGUUAAAGGGAGAGUUUGAGACAGUAAAGGGAGAGCUGGCGACAGUGAAGGGAGGGUGGAUUGAAGUGAAAAAAGAGUUGGUUGAAGAGAAGGAAACGCCGGGCACGGAGAGGGAGGUGCAGCGAUCGAGGAAAAGAGCGAAUUUGGACGAGGCAGCAGCGCCGUGCCCGGCACCGACGCAUCUCGAUACAAGGCUGGAUGUGAAAGGCCUCUCUGGCCUCUCAGACUCCUACCUUCGCCACGUGGCCACCAUGACUCACCUCAAGCACGUGCACAUAGACGGCGCAUCAGGGUUCACAUCUAGAGGGAUCAAGUGCCUCUACUCACUGCCGCAGCUGGAGGGGUUGGAGCUGAAGGGUAGUGUUGUCACCGACAGCACCCUGGAUGACAUUGAAAGGGCACGCUCCCUGAAGUUCCUCUACCUUAACCGCACAGAUGUGACUGAUUCUGGCCUGAUGCACUUGACAUGUCUCACUUCCCUCAAGACCUUGAUCUUUUACAAAUGCGAGCGGGUUACUUGUGCUGGCAUGGUGCACGUGGGGAGAAUCACAAGCCUUGAGGAGCUGUAUCUUAACCGCAGUGGAGUGAAGGACCACGGACUUCGGUUUCUGACACCAUUAACUCGGCUCAGGAUGCUCAUCCUCCCAAGUACGAUCACUGAUGCUGGCAUGGAGCACAUCCAACACCUAUCCGCCCUUGAGGGGUUGGAUUUCUCUAGUUCGAAAUUGACAGAAGAAGUGUUUGGACUAAUUUGUUGGAUAUUGAUCGAAAUGAGGGGAGACCAGGGGGGUGUCGGGAGUCCAUCAGGGCACCAGGCGGAAACCGACGGGCUGGUGGUGGCGAUGGAGAUGAGGCUGAGGGCGCUGGAAGGGCAGCUGGAGGAGACACGGAGGGGACUGGAGGAGGCUGAGAGGAGAAGGGCAGAGGAGGUGUUAAUAGUGAGAGAAGAGCUGGUGGCGGUAAAGGGGGAACUUGUUACAGCAAGGGAUGAGCUGGCGACAGUGAAGGGAGAGAUGGAGACAGUAAAGGGAGAGAUGGGGACAGUAAAGGGAGAGUUGGGGACAGUAAAGGGAGAGUUGGUUACAGUGAAGGGAGAGCUGGCGGCAGUGAAGGGAGAGCUGGCGACAGUAAAGGGUGAGCUGGCGACAGUCAAGAGUGAGCUGGGGACAAUGAAAGUGGCGCCUGGGGAAGGAGGGUCGGUGGAAGUGAAAAGGGAGUUGGUUGAACAGGCGGACUGCUUGUUGAAAGUGGAGGAGGAAACGGUGGGCAUGGAGGGGGAGGUGCAGAGGUCCAGGAAAAGAGGGAAUGAGGCAGCAGCGAUGCCGUGCCCGGCACCAAAGCGUCUCGAUACAACUCUGGAUCUGAAGGGCCUGUCUGGCCUCUCAGAUGCCCUCCUCGGUCACGUUUCCACCAUGACCCAUCUCAAGCACGUGCACAUUGAUGGGUCAUCAGAGUUCACAUCUGAAGGCAUCAAGUGCCUCUACUCCCUGCCACAACUGGAGCGCCUAGAGCUGAAAGGCAGCGUGGUCACUGACAGCACCCUGGAUGGCAUUGGGAGGGUACGGACUCUGAAAUUUCUCUACCUCAACCGCACUGAGGUGACUGAUUCUGGGUUGGUGCACUUGACGUGCCUCACUUUCCUCAAAACUUUGAUAUUGUACAAGUGCUGGAAGGUGACAUGUUUUGGCAUGGUGCACGUGGGGAGGAUGACAAGCCUCGAGGAGCUGUAUCUGUUCGGAAGCGGAGUAAAAGACAAUGGGCUGCGAUUUCUGGCACCUUUGAGCAAGCUCAAGAUGCUCAUCUCCCGGAUACGAUCACUGAUGCUGGUAUGGAGCACAUCCAAUGUCUAA